GUUUACAGGAUUAUUCGUGUUUUAGCCUUCCUGUGUAUACUAUAGUAAUGUAGAAAUAAUUCCAACUCUACAUUUAUACUUUACAUACAAAUUACUAUUUUGGCUUAGGCUGUGUAAUUGUAUAUUACUAUUAGGAAACAACUCUUGGGGAAUAUUUUCUAAGAUGGUGUCUCUUCCUUUCAAAGAAAAAGUUUUGGAUUUACUAUCAGCAACUGGGUACAGUUUAAAUUUGAAACAAGAUCAACUUAGCUCCAUAGAAUUGAAUAGCGAACUGAAACCGUUCUUUGAUUGGUUCAUUCAAAACAUAUCACAAGAGAAUUGUAUUACGAGUGAUGAACUAGACGAGUUUAGGAAGUUGGAAGAAAAUGGCAAAGCCUUGUACGGAAGGGACUUAGAUGAAGCUGUCCAAGCUUUUCACAAUCAACCCGUAGAGAAUUUACUACCUUGUGCAGAAUUGUAUAAUGAAACAAUGAAUGACGAAGUAGCUCAUUUGAAGGAACAACUUCGUCUCAAAGAAGAUCUUCAUACAGUUGUAAAGUCUUCUGUUUCAGCAGUCACAGAAGAUAUAACAGAGCUGCGGGAAGAAUGCCGCAAAGCUGAAGCGAGGAGAACUGAAAUCUUGAAGGAUGUAGUUGCUGAAAACAAAAAGCUGUCCAAUAAACUACAAGAGGUUAUGACAGUCCUUCACAACCUUCGUGAAAGUCUGUCUGAACUGCAGGAUCACGGCUGUGAGAUUUCCGCUGAUGAGGGAAUCGACACCUACUUAUCAGAUAAAUUGAACACCUCAAUCUCACUCUCGUCACUGCAAUCUCUCCAGUCCACAUAUUCGGAAAAGAACUCUGGUUGCAAAUAUCUUUGUCAGUUAUCCCUGCAUAAAUAUGAAGAGAACCAAAAAAGCUUCAGCAGCAUUAUCGAUUCUAUGAUCCAGAAAGGUUUGACUAAUGUUGGACAGUUGAAAGAUGAAGAUAUGGAUGUUGAAUUGGAGCUGCAGAGCAUUAUGGACAGGUUAUGCAUCCAAAAGAAAGAACACAUUAAAAUGCUAGCACGCUUAGAAGGCAUGAAAGCUGCCCAUGACAAGCUUGAAGAAAUCUCCAGGGAAUUGAAGAGCACUACUCAGAAACCAACUUUAUCAGAACUUAGGGACGGACUCUUAGAUUUUGAAGAGAACAGCAUCGAUUUGAACGAGAGUUUUGACAGAAACAUUGGUGAAGUUAAUGAAACUUGUGCAUUAUGGGCAGAACACCUAACCCUGAGACCUAUACAUGACCUGUUGACUACAAGAAUAGAACAUUUUAAGUUUGUAAACAACAAGAUGGAUGAGCUUAUAAGUGCACUCAAGAUGAAGAAGAUAGCAGAUGAGACACUCCGUGAGAUGAUAGAGUGGGAGGUAGAGCAGAUACAGGUAGCCAUAGAGACCUACUUGUCAGUACAGAAGAUGUUGAAGGAGUGGUUGGAGUCCACCAUGAGACGGCUGGAUGUGAUGGCAGUCAACGUUCGAGACUACGCUGACCACUGUUCUUUGCCAGUGGAUGAGCGCAGUAAACUAGUAAAGUGGCUAGCCCAGAUAACAGGAUCAGACAAAAAAUGUGUACCCGAAACAGUUAUGAAUCUUACUGAGUACUGUCAAAGUCGCCACCAGGCGUUGUCAGAUCAAAGCAACCAACAGUUGCAGACCAUCAUGUCUGUGGAACACAAAAUGAAAGACUUCUACUCAAAGGAAGUGCUUGAUCGUGAGGUUCAGAACAGAUUCAAUCCAAAGUUGUUGACAAAUAUUCAGAAGACACUUGAGGAGAUGUCCAAUGAAAUAACAGAACUCACUGAACAUUGUCAAUCCAGGCAGGUAAAUGACAAAGAAUUUGAAGAGAAGAAGGAAGUCCAAGAUAUGUUGAAUAAACUUAUUCAGUCUUCACAAUGAUACAGGAUUUUUGUCAAUUAUAUUAUAUUAUAUUAUGUAACAGUACUGUAAUAAUAACAACUUAUUGGAUAAUUUUUGUUUAUUAAAAUAUACUUUUUUUGUUUAUA